AUGUCUGAUAUUGAACUUCUCGUCGGAGAAUCUUCUACACUACCUCGGAAAAAACGGCGCCGACAAGAUACUUCAUAUGCCGAAAAAAAAGAAAUUUGUGAGUUUGCAAAGACUGUGGCAGGAAAUCCAAAAUGGACUCACCAGGCUAUUGCUGACAAGUUCCAAAAGACGCGUACCUUUAUUACUACAUUGCUUAAACAACAAGACAAGUGGAUAAAUUACGAUUUAAAUGGAACAAACAAUCGUAGCCGUGAACGUACACCAAGAUUUCCUCAAGUAGAAGAAGGAUUGUGGACUUGGUGUCUUGGGGCUAUGCAUGCCAAAGUCUUUCUCACUGAUGCCAUCUUAUUGGAAAAAGCAGGUCUUAUUGCUACACAAUUAGGUAUAAGUGAUGAACAAUAUGAAAAUGACACCCUAAACACACCUCCGAAUCUACUAAAUGCCGUGCACAAUAUUGCUACUGCUUGGGAUGCUGUUACCGCCACAACAAUUUCAAAUUGCUGGAAAAAAACAGGCAUUGUAAAUACCAAUGAUAUAAUUACUGCUGCACAUAUCAUUGAUGCAACCAUUCAAGAUGAAGAAUUGCAAUUGGGUUCAGCUUUGAAUGUUCUCAGACCUUUGGCAAAUUACGAAGUCAUUGAUCCUCAAGAAUACGUUGACAUUUCUACUGAAAAUGAUGCUAUUCACCGUAUACUUAGUAUUAAAGAAAUCAUUAGCAUUAUUCGGCAACAAGAUGACAAUACCGAAAAUAGUGAUGAAGAUGGACCAGCACCUCCGAAAAUAUCAAUUUCAGUCGCUCUUUCUUCUAUUAAUAAUAUUUCUCUCUUUCUUCAGCAAGAAGACCCUUCCUCAUCUACCCAAAAUCAACUUGCUAUUCUUCGGCAGCUUACUCGUGAACUCAACACAAA